AUGAUGGGCUCCUUGUUGUCGGGUGAGAAUGAGUUGAAUUCCAAAUUAAAAUUGUUACUAAACGUUGGUCCAUUUAUCUUGACAACACCGCAACGUAGGAUUUCCGAUGAACAUGGUUGUUUAGAAUGGUUGAACAAACACGAGAAAUACUCAGUAGUGUAUAUAAGCUUUGGAAGUUCGACGAUACCUCCGCCUCAUGAGCUCACUGCUUUGGCAGAGUCUUUAGAAGAAUAUGCAUUUCCAUUUCUUUGGGCCUUUAGGGGUAAUCCAGAGGAGCAAUUUACAAAGGGGUUUAUAGAAAGGACAAGAACAAGAGGAAAAAUUGUUGCAUGGGCUCCUCAAGUGGAAAUCCUUAAACACUCAUCGGUUGGUGUUUGUUUGACACAUUCUGGUUGGAAUACAGUGUUGGAUUGUAUUGCGAUGAUUAGUAAACCGAUUUUUGCAGAUCAGAAUAUGAAUGGAAGAAUGAUAGAAAAUGUUUGGGAGAUCGGUGUGACAGUUGAGAAUGGAGUAUUGACUAAAGAAUCGGUUUUGAAAGCUUUGGAAGUAACCUUGUCAAGUGAGAGAGGGAAGUUUAUGCGGCAGAAGAUAAUGAAACUUAAAGAAUCUGUACUAGAAGCUGUUUCAAAAAAUGGUAACUCUACAAAGAAUCUCAAGACUUUGAUACAAAUUGUCACUAGUUAA